AUGGCGACGUCUGCUCUUCGACUAAGGAAGGUGAAGGUUUUUUUUUGUUUGCUUCGUCUUUUGUUGACUGAUAUGCUAAUGGGUUUUCCGACUCUGGUUCUGGAUUUCUCCUGUUUCGUGGUCCUUUUGAUGGUUGGUUCUCUCCUUCGUGAUGACUGGGCACUGGCGAGAGCAGAUCACGGGCGGCAGCUGUGGGUAGCUGAGCCAUUGCUCGGUUGGUCGUGCGCUAUCUGGAAAUGCGGUGGUGGCUUCACUUCUUAUUUUCAGAGGGUACUGUUGGUUUUUUUAUUGCUUGGGGAUGAUGGAGAACAAUGGAGGAUGAUGGAGAACAAUGGAGGAUCAGUGGAUGAUCAAGGCUCAGGAUGGUUUGAAGUGAAGAAGGAAAACUGGGGAAAUGGGAAAGCACACAGAAGCUGCUCGAAGAUUUCCGCGCAAAAUUGGGCUGGGGGAUUCUCAGCCAAAAUUGGCAAUAAUUUGACGAGAGAUCAGCAGUUGUUGACCAAGAAGGGUGGAGCUGUGCAAGGAAAAUAUAGAUCAUUGCUUCAAUCAUCUACGGGAAAUUCAGAUGUGAAUAGCCUGGCUGGUCUUGCAAAGUCAACCACUGCAUCAAAUGAAGAUGAAAAGAACAAGGAUAAACCCCAUACAGUUCACAAAAUCAAGUGGGGUGAUUUAGAAGACGAUGUGCUGGUAGCACACCAAGUAAAAAAUGUUGGAGCGGAAAUCAGGUUCGGUGAUAUGGGAUAUGAUAAUGUGCCAGGUUGUUCGAAGAAUGAAAACACUAGUAAUUCAAUUUCAUGUACCAACCUCCAAGAAAACACAGUAGAAGCAUCCAUGGAUGAAGAUGUUCAUUCUUGUGAGGUAUCUUCAUUGACUCCUAAGGAUGAAAUAAUGGAAGAAACAUGUAAAGAGAUCAAUGAAGUAUCUUCAGAAGUUGUGGGACCAGAGAUUGACAAUGAAAAAAUAAUUUCUACGGAUGACGGUUUUAAGGAAAUACAUACUGGACACAUCAAAUCAAUUGGGAAUAAUCAAGUAGAUUGUCGCCUUCUAUCUCCUCAAGCCUCUGGAACAGCAGUUAGACCUGAAGUACCUACUGUAGAUAGUGAUUCAAGCAUUGAGAUGGUUUCACCGGAUGCAGUGUCACUUCCCCUUGAGAACAGUGGACCCGAAACUUUGAGAGAAUCAGUUGCAGAUCGUAUAGAAGAUGGUAGAAAACCUGAUCUGUCAAAAGCUCAACUUAUAACUUCUCUCGGAGAAGUUGAUACCGGAGAAAGCAAAGAAAGGUUUAGGGAACGGCUUUGGUGUUUCCUAUUUGAGAAUCUUAAUAGGGCUGUGGAUGAACUUUAUCUUCUUUGUGAACUAGAAUGUGAUGUGGAGCAGAUGAAAGAGGCCAUUCUUGUUCUUGAAGAGGCUGCUUCUGACUUCAAAGAAUUAACUACUAGAGUGGAAGAGUUUGAGAAUGUGAAAAGGUCCUCUUUUCAAUCGGUUGAUGGUGUGACAAUUACUUUAAAGAGUGACCACAGAAGACCGCAUGCGCUCUCCUGGGAAGUUCGUAGAAUGACAACUUCACCUCACCGAGCGGAGAUAUUGUCUUCAUCCCUAGAGGCUUUUAAAAAAAUUCAACAAGAGCGGGCUACCCGACUAUCAUGCAACGGUAUGAAAUCCCUGGGGCAGGACAAUUCCAAUUAUGCUUCGACAUCUGGUGAUAAUUUGAAGAAGUCAGUUAUGACGUCUGAUGUAACAUCCAAUGAUAAAGAACUGGGACUAAAGUCAAGAAAAUGCCGUGGAGGUGGAGGUUCAUAUCCUACUCAAGGGAACCUAUAUGGAGAGAAACGAAGCUUUGAAUCAGGCAAGUCUGGCAAAUUAAGCUAUGUUCAAAAUGGUCGUGACCCACCAAAGAACUAUAUCUCUUCUGAUGUUGCUUCGACUAGGCCAUUUCUUAAGGACAAUCCUACUGCAUCUGUUGCUGGAAAGAGUAGGAGAGAAUAUCUCAGGUCAGAAACUGAGAGGCUGCUUUCUAGGAAAGAUAAAACAUUAACAGAAAAUAUUGCUGAAACAAAACCUAGAAGUUUGGAUCAGAGUCAGAGGCAAAUUCCUCCUGAAAAAGACAAGGAUAAGAGAAACGGUACUUCAUGGAAAUCCAUUGAUGCAGGGAAGGAGAAGAGGAACUGGGAAGACAUACUUGGGUCUCCUUUCCAUAUUUCCUCUUGGAUAUCAUACUCACCUGGAAUUGGCAAGAAAAGCGCUGAACGUGUACGUACUUUGCACGACAAACUAAUGUCUCCUGAGAAGAAGAAGAAAACUCCUGUGGAUUUAAAGAAGGAAGCAGAGGAAAAACAUGCACGAGCGAUGAGGAUCCGAACUGAAUUGGAGAAUGAAAGAGUUCAAAAAUUUCAGCGUACCUCAGAGAAACUCAUUCGAGUCAAUGAAUGGCAGGCUUUUCGGACUAUGAAGUUACGAGAGGGGAUGUAUUCCCGUCAACAACGUAGUGAAUCACGACAUCAAGCAUUUCUUGCAGAAGUUGUUAGGAGAGCUGGUGAUGAAAGCAGUAAAGUUAAUGAGGUUCGUUUUAUUACCUCAUUAAAUGAAGAAAAUAAGAAGCUUAUGUUACGCCAAAAACUGCAAGAUUCAGAGUUGAGAAGAGCUGAAAAACUUCAAGUGAUGAAGAGUAAGCAAAAAGAAGAUAUGGCUAGAGAGGAAGCUGUUUUAGAACGCAGAAAGCUCAUUGAAGCUGAAAAGUUACAACGUCUUGCUGAGACUCAGAAGAAAAAGGAGGAGGCUCAAUUUAGAAGGGAAGAAGAACGGAAGGCAUCAAGUGCAGCCAGAGAGGCCAGAGCCAGAAAGCAGCUUCGGAGGAGGGAGGAGAGAGCUAAAGCUCAGCAAGAGGAAGCUGAACUUCUAGCACAGAAAUUAGCUGAAAAACUAAGUGAAAGUGAGCAACGUCGUAAAUUUUACCUUGAACAAAUACGGGAGAGAGCUUCUAUGGAGUUUAGGGAUCAGUCUUCACCCUUAAUGCGUCGAUAUGUCAGUAAGGAAAGCCAGGGCAGAUCUACUCCAACCAAUGGUGUUGAGGAUUGCCAAGCAAAUGGCAGUGCUAUUUUAGGGAACUCUGCACUUGCAACAGGCAACAGUGCUUUGCAACACUCAUUGAAGCGAAGGAUUAAAAAAAUUCGGCAAAGACUUAUGGCUUUGAAAUUUGAUAUUUCUGAACCUCCUGCCGGUCCUGAAAAUACUGGUUUUGGAUAUAGAACAGCGGUGGGAACUGCAAGAGCAAAAAUCGGGAGGUGGCUUCAGGAACUUCAGAAACUUCUUCAAGCAAGAAAAGAAGGAGCCUCAAGUAUAGGGUUAAUUACUGCAGAAAUGAUCAAGUUUCUGGAGGGAAAGGAACCUGAGCUUCAUGCUUCUUGCCAAGCUGGUCUGCUUGAUUUUAUUGCUUCUGCCCUGCCGGCUUCACAUACAUCGAAACCCGAAGCUUGCCAAGUGACAAUACAUCUUCUAAAACUUCUGAGGGUGGUGUUAUCAACUCCUGCAAACCAGAGUUAUUUUCUUGCUCAGAAUCUUUUGCCUCCUAUGAUUGCCAUGCUGUCGGCAGCACUUGAGAACUAUAUAAAGAUUGCUGCAUCCUUAAAUCUCCCUGGAAGCAGCAGCAACUCGGUCUCUUGCAAAACCUCUCUUGAAAACUUUGAAUCAGUGUCUGGAGUACUGGAUGGUUUUUUAUGGGCUGUCUCCUCAAUUAUUGGUCAUAUAAGCUCAGAUGAGCGUCAACUCCAAAUGCGGGAUGGCUUGCUAGAGUUAUUAGUUGCUUACCAAGUUAUUCAUCGGUUCCGAGAUCUUUUUGCUCUAUAUGAUAGGCCCCAGGUUGAAGGGUCUCCAUUCCCUUCAUUUAUUCUUUUGAGUAUCCGUCUACUGGUGGUUUUGACAUCCAGUCCCGGAAACAGUUGCAUUAAUCGGGAAUAUUUACCUAUUGAAAUAGAGCUGGGUAGUGAAAGUCAAGAAUCUAAGAUUGCAGCAUCUGCGGAUUCUAGAUGUUUCUCCGUAAGUAGCAACACUGGAGACAUUAUACCUCAAUUAUGUGCUCUAAGCGGUAGCAUUAUGGCACCGCUAUCUGAUGUACCAGAGGAUAGACCAUUACAGGAACCGUGUAGAAUAAGUAAGAAUGAUAAUUUUGUAUUCAUUGGAAAAGAUGGUGAAAAGAAGGCAACCGAUAGUUCAGUCGAGUUGAACAAUCCUAGCACUUCCAAGGUAGAUGUUACAGAUGCACCACAGAAGACUCUAGUUGAGCAAAAGGAAGAGAAACGCGUCAUAAUUUCCAGGGAGGGGAAAAUGAAUGAAAACACAUCUAGUGUGAAACAACCACUGGCAUUCCUUCUUUCCGCUAUAUCGGAAACUGGAUUAGUCAGUCUUCCUUCCCUGUUGACAAGUGUGCUACUUCAAGCAAACAAUAAGCUACCUUCUGAGCAGGCGUCAAAUGCCCUUCCGUCUAAUUUUGAAGAGGUGGCAACCGGAGUACUGAAGGUUCUGAAUAAUUUGGCACUAUCGGAUAUUACAUAUAUACAGAGAAUGCUGGCAAGGCCGGACCUGAAAAUGGAGUUCUUCCACUUGAUGAGUUUCCUUCUUUCUUAUUGCUCGAGCAAAUGGAAAGCAGCUAGUGAUCAGAUUGGUUUGCUUCUCCUUGAAUCUCUGCUGCUGCUUGGUUAUUUCGCCAUGUUCCACUCUGGGAAUCAAGCUGUUCUUCGAUGGGGUAAAAGUCCUACGAUCCUUCAUAAGGUGUGUGAUCUGCCUUUCGUGUUCUUCAGCGACCCAGAAUUGAUGCCGGUCUUGGCAGGAACACUUCUUGGGGCCUGUUAUGGCUGUGAACAGAAUAAGGAUGUAGUUCAGCAGGAACUAAGUAUGGAUAUGCUACUGUCCUUGCUAAGAUCCUGCAGAAACAUCUUACCAACCACCAGAUCAUCCAAUUCAAACCCGGAAAAUCUCGUAGCAGAUGGUUCGAAUGAGUGUAACCAGCAGGCCUCCGAUUUGAAAAGAUCUCAAGGUGAUAUUCCCCUAAGAUCCAGCCGAUUUAACACCAGAAACACAAGGGUCUCGGCGGGAAAGGGCAGCUCUGUAGGAAAUGGCCUCAAGCUCGGCAAGACGAGAAACCAAAGAGAUUGCAGAUCAACAAAACAUUGUGAAGAAACAACCAUUAGGCAUAAUAAUAAUAACAACCUUCCUGUUUUGGGGACUUCCUUAAUGUUAUACUCUAGAUUCCCGAGCAGCUUCAUCGACAGAGCCGAGCAGUUCUUUUCAGCUGGGAUCUCCGACGAUGGAACUGUGAGUUAACUAACACGAAAGCGCACUCUCCAUAUUUGACAUUUACAGGUCCUUGGCAGCAUAAAUUCCAGCGGUCUGACAUGAACCCUAAAUAACUGCCACAGUUUAUCGAGAUUUUGU